GCGCAUCUUCACAUCUUCCGAGUCUCUGCGAGCCAAUGAACUGACCAUUAGGGUAACGUUAUGCCUACCUGUUGGCUUUCUGACCGAGAAUUCACGAGCUGAUGCAGAUGAUGCGCAGUGAGCAAUGGCGAUUCCUCGGACUGUGCAAUGCCGCCAAACGUCAAACCGUCAUGCAGAACUUGCAUUCAGAUCAUGGCAUUCGCAUCAUCUGAACAACUCGACACAGUCACCAUUAUUAAUGCUAACUAGCUUUAGUAGCGAUCCUACCCUUCCGACAUGGGUCAUUACUGUACCUUCUGUGGUCUUUCAACGCCAAUAUAUCGCGAGACGCGAAGAGCCGAUUAUCCCGAUCUUGAAUUUCUCUUUAGAUGGGCUAGUUUUACUUUGCAGCAGCAGUUACGAUUAAUGGAACCAAAUUUUCUCAGGAAAGACAAACGCAGUAUGUUGUCCUGUUGUAUUGGUGAUUCUUCGCUUUCAAGGAUGUCAAUGGUGAGGUAGGGCGCGAUAGUUCCCCCUUCUUUCAUUACCGCAUGUCGCGGGUCUUACGAACGUUCCGCUGCGCACCUAUUCAGCUGGCGUAUAUAAAAGCUUCCUGUACUUCGCUUUAUCCAAACCGACCUUAUAUUCGAUAUCAUCGAUCGCUAUGUUCUCUCGUCUCGCCAUAUUCAUGCUCCUCGCCUUGAGUGCCGUCUUCGUUGCUGCAGCUCCUGGGCAUGCAGUUGUUCGUCAAAGUGGAAACGACCAAUGCGACAUUGACCGUGACAACGUCAUCAAUGACGUUGCCGCGGCGAAGUCUCUCGUUGAUGCUCUGGUUGGACAACUCGCCUCUGAUCCUGCAGCGUCCCAGACCAUCGCGCAGGUGGAGAGUGACCUUGCUAGUACUCAAGAUGGAAUCAAUCAAAUACUCGCUGCAUUGUCCGCCGGUCAAGACCCUCCCGAUGCAGCUGUGGAACUGGCCGUGAAUGGAAUCAGCAAUGCAUUCGACCGGCUGACCAGUAUCACGUCGACGGAUGAUGCUAUAACUACGAACCUGAACAAGGCUGAGGAGCAGUUGCAAGCAGCCAGCUUUGCGGGAACUAGUUUCCUCGAGAACUGCAUCUAGCUAUGUCCUGCACGCUCGCUACAUACAUUCCAGGCCUUCCCAACAGAUGGAAAUUGGACUUUGUUUCGUCACUUAGAGUGAGGUUCAACCCUUAGUUGGUGGUUCAAAGCGAUGAUGUAUUGUGGAGUUGUUGUCUUUGAAAUAUAACGUGGAUGCUCAGAAUUCGGCCUCUGGCUAUGGACCUUGAGGGCACAAGAACUGUUUCUAGUCAUGUUUAGAAUGGAGCGAGCUAGAGAAGAAGCUACUUCUAAAGAGCUUGCUCCACUGGCUUCGAAUGGUCUAACAAUGACCAAGAAUGCGGCAUCAAGUCAAUAGUUAGAUGGGAAGAAGCUAAGCCGGAG